UGAAUCUGUAGAUUGCUUUGGAUACUAUAGUUAUUUUGACAGUUACACAGUUAUAAUGUCACUUUCAUUUCUGUAUUUAUUUCAGUUUCCUCUCUUUCCUCCUUAGUUUAGGUAAGGGUUUAUUGAUAUUGUUUGUUUCUUUCAGGAAAUGAACUUAUAGAUCUUGCAUAUGAGCACUGGGCAGUCUGGCACGCCAAGCCUCUGUGCACACGGGCAAUGUGUUUAGAGGUGUCGCUUAGCAACGAUCAUUCUGGGAUGAAAGAUUCCAAACCGUUGAGCUUCCCAACUGGGAGGUUGUGGCGGGACCACUCUGACUUAUCUGUAGCGCUUGUGUUGGGUCUAGGGGACUGUGAAGAGCCGAGGGAGAGGUGAGGUGUGUUUAGAGUCCGUAGGCUCUGCGAUGAAGAAGAUUUUUGGCUUCAGGAGUAAGAAGGGUGUGUCGCCCUUUGGCUCCUCCAUCAACCCGGUGAGAGACAGUGGUCAUGGAAUCAACUUCCAGCCCGGGUACCGCAUCCGAGACAAAGACCUCAGAAAGAUCCACAAAGCUGCCAUUGUGGGGAACGUAGCCAAAGUGGAGCAUGUUCUGUUGUUUGGAAAAAAUGGCCUGAACGACAGGGACAAGAUGAACAGGACUGCGCUCCACUUGGCCUGUGCCAAUGGCCAUUCAGCGGUGGUCACUCUCCUCCUGGAGAGAAAAUGCCUGCUUAACCUCUGUGAUAAUGAAAACAGGACCGCGCUGAUGAAGGCCAUAGAAUGCCAAGAAGAGGAGUGUGCGACUCUUCUGCUGGAGCAUGGUGCCGACCCAAAUGUCAUGGAUGUCAGUGGGAACACCGCUCUUCACUAUGCUGUCUUUUGCCAGAAUAUAUCACUCGCAGCAAAGCUGCUUUCCUACGAUGCCAAUAUAGAAGCCAGGAACAAGAAUAACCUCACACCGCUGUUACUUGCUAUAAUUGAAAAGAGAGAACAAAUGGUGGAGUUUUUAGUAAAAAAAGGAGCAAAUACACAUGCGGUUGGUAACUUGAAAAGAACAGCCCUCAUGCUUGCUGUCAGUUAUGGAUUAGCAAAUGUAGUUGGUCUUCUUCUUCAGCAAGGUGUUGACAUCUUUUCUCAAGAUGUUUUUGGAUGGACUGCAGAAGACUAUGCUAUUAUUAGUGGCUUUACUAUCAUUCGCCAAAUGAUUUCUGAAUAUAAAGAAGAGAGACCUAAAACUCCUCUUGAAAAUAGCAAGCCAGGCACGAGCUACCAGGACUCCUCUCCCCGUGAAGUCAUUGCACUGGAUGAGAAUUCUGAAGAAGACUCUUUAAGCAGGUUUUCCAGCAAACCUGGUGAUGAUUUAUGGCUUAUAUCAAAUGAUGAAGGCUUAGAUUUUGAAACCAAGCAGAGUAUCUCUGAGAGCCUUCCAGAGAAGUAUGUGGAUUGUUUAUCUGGAGCUGCUGGUCCAAGAGGAAAAAAGACAGUACUUGGACAAGUAGAAGAUUCUCCUGGGAAAUAUCCUAAUGUGAAGCCUGCAGUCUUAGUGAAAGAUUCUGUUCCUAGUAAAACAGUCGGAAUGAAGGAUUUACAGACAUCCAGUUCAGAUUUGGCUUCUACUGCUUUGAGCCUCAGGGUUGAGGCUUGUCAGAGAGCUGGGCAUUUGAAAGCUGAUGAUCAGUGUCCAUUGAUGUCACAGUCAAUGACCAAAAAUCAGUCAACAUGCACAGAAUUUGGGCAGAUGGCCAUCACAGAUAAAGUAAAGAGGAAUAUUGCGGCGGUGUUUCUGGUAGGGAAUUCCACACUCCGUGACCUGUGCCAGUCUCAGCUGCCGGAAAACAGAGAAAGCAAACAAGAUUUGUCAGCAGAACUAGACUUGGAAAUGAUAUCAGAGGAAGCACAAGAAAAACUUGAUGGAGAUGAAAAUAACCAUUCACGGGUUCAAGAAGAAAAGAAGCACGAAAGUAGUGAAGUGGAAGUAUCAGACAACAAAUGUGAUGCUGCUGAUGAGAGUGGAUUGAUUCAGCAGAGAAAGAGUGGAAGAAACAGCAGCCAGGAGUUUCCUGCUACGGAGAAUGAAGAUUUUGAUAGUAGCGACCCUGGUGUGCACAGGAAGAAAGUAAAGAAAAAGAACAAUGCCAAACGGACACCAGAAGACUGUGUGAUUGCACCGAUAUUUGAAAACACCGAUUCGCUGACUGGUGGUCUGCUGCACGUGAAUGAUGACAACAGAGUGAAUCAAGAUGAUGACAGGCCUGCAAGAAAAACACCAUAUGAAAAGAAGAAGGUCAAAGAACAAAUUAAUUAUGUGAACCACCUGGAUGACUUAACUCAGUCUUCUGAGACUGUUUCUGAGGAUGACGACGUGCUUUACUCUACAAAUUCCAUGUUGCAAGUAGAACCACUUGGCUUGGGGCAUAAAGAUUCUGUUAGCUUGUUGAAAAUUCAAGAUACAAUUCUUUCGCAUGAAAGAUUAGUAGAUUUUCAAAGAAGCCACUGUGAACUACUUAGAAGAGAAUUUUUCAGAAUGAAAAGUAAGGUUCGUGGGCUACAGAAAGAGCUGUCAGAAACCAAAGAAGUGACAUCACAGUUAGAGCAUCAGAAAGUGGAGUGGGAACGAGAGCUCGGCAGCUUGAGAUUCACCUUAAAGCAAGAAGAAGAGAAUAGAGGAAAUGCCGAGAUGUUACACGAGAAAAUGAGGGAGCAUUUAAGAAGAAAAGAAGAUGAAUAUAGUAAAGAAGCUGAAGUGAAACAGCAACUGGAAUUCACUUUCCGAGCAGUAGAGAUGAAACUGAAGACUGAGAGAAAUGAUCUGAAUCAGGUUUCUGUUAGUUGUGAAGAAGCAAAAGACCUGUUGCACAAAAACCACAUGCUGCAGGAUGAACUUGCCACACUGAGACUGGAAAGAGACGCCCUGAAAAAUCAGCAUCAGGAAAAGGAAGAGAACUAUUUUGAGGUCAUUGAAAUUCUCACAGUAAAGAAUGAUGAUCUUCAAAAGGCAGUAAAACUGAGUGAGGAAACGUUAACAAAGACUAUAUCCCACUAUACAGGCCAGCUUAGUGCUCUGACAGCUGAGAAUACAACGCUAAACUCUGAGCUGGAGAAUGAAAAAGAAAGCAAACAAAGACUGGAAACGGAAGUGGAAUCGUGUCGUUCUAGACUGGCUGCUGCCUCACACGGUCAUGAUCAAGGUCAGACAUCAAGAAGAGACCCGGAACUUGCCUUCCAGAGAGCGAGAGACGAGUGGUUACGCUUGCAGGACAAAAUGAAGUCCGACGUGGCUAAUCUAAGAGAUAACAGCGAGACGCUUUCCCAGCAGCUAUCUGCAGUGGAAAGUAAAUCCAGUAAGCUGAAAAUCAAGCUGCAGCACGCGAGCGAUGCUCUGAGAGAAAAGACUUUGAUGUUAGAACAUGUCCAGAGAGACCUAAGCCAAGUGGAGUGUCAAACGCAGGAAAUUGCACACAAGUAUCAGAACGAACAAGGCAAAGUGAGUACAUACCUUGGAAAGCAGGAGUCCUUAGAGGAGAGAUUAUCUCAACUCCAGAGUGAAAACAUGUUGCUCCGACAGCAACUGGACGAUGCACGGAACAGAGUCGACAGUAAAGAGAAGACGGUCAUUAGCAUCCAAGACCAGUUUCAGCAGAUCGUGAGAAAACUUCAGGCCGAACGUGAGAAGCAAGGUCUGAUGCUGGAGGAACGAAACAAGGAAUUGGUCAAGGAAUGUAAUCAUUUAAGAGAGAGAAUGUAUCAGUACGAAAAUGAGAAAGCAGAAGGAGAAGCAGCUGUGAGACAACUUCAGCAAGAACUGGCUGACACUGUAAGAAAGCAGGCUAUGUCGGAGGCUUCACUGAGGGUCACGUCAUGUUGUUGUGCCAAGUUAGAAGCUGAGGCACAGGAUUUGAAGAACAGUUGUAAACUGCUACAACUACGUCGACUCACAAGUCAGACGCAAACUGGAUCUCAACAGAUGGAACUCAGAAUUAAACACUUGGAAUCUGAACUCUCCAAAAUGAAAACUUUGCAAGAAGAUUCUAAUAAAGCAGAGUUGGAAAAAUAUAAGCAACUCUACCUAGUAGAAUGUGAAGUUAGAAAGUCAUUGGAAGAUAAAUUAGACAAGACUCAUAAGAGGCUGGCAGUGAUCAGCACCAAACUUGAGGUGGAGAAGCAGCAGAACAGAUCUUUAUUCAGCACUGUUAGCACGAGGCCAGUCCCAGAGCCCCCUUGUGUUGGAAAUUUCAAUAAUCCUUUAGUGCUCGACAGAAAUCUUACUCCGAGAGUAGGGUUUUCUACCUCAAUUUCACGCCCUUCGAAUAACAACAUGGAGACUUACUUGACCGAGAUGCGGCGGGAGUUGGGCAGGAGUAUAGCUAGAGAACUAAGAGAAGCUGAUGCUCAGUUUGCAUCUGAUGCCUUUAGAGUGUCUUCUCGAAGAUCUACAGAUGGGUCAAAAGUGUGUGAUGACCUACUUUUGAAACAGAAGAACAAGAUAAUACAGAUUUGGAAGGAAAAAUACAUGAUUUACAAAGAUAAAUAGGAAAAGCUUCUCUGCUGGACCAUUUCUGUGACAUUUUGUUGUUUCCCAUUAAACGUGAUGAGAAAAUCUUUA